AAAAUCAUUCACCAAACCACAGAAAGCAAGAGGUUAAGAUCAAGCGUUCACAUUCCUAACUCUGUAGGUGUCGGUCUGUAAUGUGGUAAACUAGCAGAUACUUCCUGAUCUAAGAACGCUGUGGGCCCCUUGAAAGGCUACUGGAGGUUCUACGUGGGUCUAAACACAAGAGAAACAUGACAGCCCUGCAGCACCUUCCCUCCCUGAAGCGUGUGGCGGUAUGUGGGGGCACACAUGGGAAUGAGAUGUCUGGAGUGUACCUGGUCAAGCACUGGUUGCGCAACCCCUCCGAGCUGCAGCGGGGAACCUUCUGUGCCACCCCCUUCCUAGGCAACCCACAGGCGGUUGAGCAGUGUGUCCGCUACAUUGGAACAGACCUGAAUCGUGCAUUCGCAGCUGAUAUGCUCAACUCUAAGGACUCAGACUCCUAUGAAUGUCAGCGUGCUCAGGAGGUCAACCAGGCCUUUGGACCCAAGGGUUCAUUAGAUGCCUAUGACUUCAUGAUCGACCUACACAACACCACUGCCAACAUGGGCUGCUGCCUCAUACUGCCUUCUGAGCAGAGCCUAUUGUCCCUGCACAUGUGCAAUUACAUUCAGAAGCAGUCCAAAAGGAGCCACUGCCCUAUCUUGCUCCAUCAGCAACCAGGACAGGAAAUAAAUACCGUUGCUUCUGUGGCCAAAGCUGGGCUGGGGAUAGAAAUGGGCCCACAACCCCAGGGAGUGGCACGAGCUGAGAUACUUGCUGAAAUGAGAUCCACUGUGGCCUAUGCUCUGGACUUCAUAGAGCUGUUUAACAAAGGUACUUUGUUCCCUUCCUUUGAAAGUGAAGCAUACAAGGUAACUGGACGUGUAGACUUCCCUCGUGAUCCCACUGGUGAGAUUUCUGCUGUGGUGCACCCAAAACUGCAGGAUAAAGAUUUCCAGCCCCUGCAGCCUGGGCACCCCAUUUUCCAGACUCUCGAUGGGGAGGAUAUUCAAUAUGAGGGCGAUAACACCACCUACCCAGCUUUCAUCAACGAGGCAGCCUACUAUGAGAAGAAAGCAGCUUUUUUCAAGACAGAGAAAAAGACAUUUUCCCAACCUGCACUGCAGAAGAAGUUUUGAAUAAGCCACAAUAUCACAGAGAGCAAAUUUAAAUCCAUAAGCUUCUGUUGAAUGACCUACUUAGUAUCCCUAUGCGAUCAAUCACUUGAUCAGUCACUCAAUCAAGUUAAUCAGCCCACAGUUUAUUGCUGAAGGUAGCUUUUAUCUAAUGUUGAUGCCAUGUGAUCCUUAAUUCUUGUAAGCAGCAUUAGUUUUCAGAGCUUUCAGCCAAGGAACUUGCACUGGGCUGGUCUGCAGGAUAGUUUUGAGGUUUGCUUUUUGAUGCCCGUUGAGUGCCUUUGAGAAAGUGAUGGUAUUCCAGUAGUGUGAAGGUAAACUGCACAGAUCUAGAUUUGCAUUCUGCAAUCUGACCAUGUUUUUAGUACAGCCUCUCCCCAAAUAGCUCCCUACCAGGGCUAUCGGGAAAGAUAAGAUUAUAAUCUUUUGUGGUGUGUGUGUGAGAGAGAGGG